GCAUAAACUAGUAAUAGAAAGGAUUAAUUUAUAAGAAAUAUGUAUCUCGAAAAAUACAAAAUAAGUAAUUUAAUGCUUAUAAUUGUAAGCAUUAUUUUAUUCCCAAUAUCAAAUAUUGUAUGCAUGAAUCCUAAAUUCGAUGCAUCGACCGAAAUGCGAUUAGUACUAGUACCAGCUGAUGCGAAUGUAGGGACAGUCAUUUAUAGGUUGAGGGCAACAGAUGAAGAGUUUGAUUAUCCACUUAUAUUUGAGUUAGUUGGAGAAUCAUCGAUACAAUCAUUUCAAAUUGAAUCUUUACCUUGUACAAAGUAUAAUUCUGUAUGUCAAGCAAACGUGAUACUAAAACGCAGAUUAGAACCAGGACGCUACUAUGACUUUCAUGUUGGUGUAAGAGAUACAAGAGGUGGAACCGCAAUAAUAAUGUGCUCUGUGACUGCCACUAAUUUUACAACACCUCACGAGGUCAUAUUUCCACACAAGCCUGGAAUACUUAUGGUACCAGAGAAUGCCAAAAGAGGCUUAGAAUUAGAUUAUGUGGUAGCUAGGAAAAAUCCAUUGUAUCAAAAACCGGUGUACCUUGAAUUAUGGGGAUCACCAUUGUUUGCUAUUAGACAAAAAAUAGUUUCAUCGGAAAUGACAGAAGGUACUAUUUUUCUUCUUGGUCCACUAGACUUUGAAAAACAAUCAAUGUAUCAUUUAACACUUUUGGCAAACGACGCAUAUGCUGAACCAGGACAAGAUAGUCGUAAUAUAGCUGGAAUUGAAAUUGUUGUUAUUGUUGAAGAUAUUCAAGAUGAACCACCAAUAUUUACAUUUGCUCCACCCGUUACCAGACUUCCAUCUAGUCUUCUGCCAGGAGAUAAAAUUUUACAAGUUCAUGCAGAAGAUGGCGAUAAAGGUGUACCUCGACAAGUCAGAUAUGGGUUAGUGUCUGAAGGGAAUCCAUUUACUUUAUUCUUUGGAAUAAACGAAACAACAGGUGAAAUAAAGUUAGUAAAAUCACUUGACGAAAUUUCUGCCCUUACGCAUUUUGGUGACCCCGUGUUAUUAACAGUAAUUGCGGAAGAAAUCAAAGUUGCACGCAACGAACCACCUGCUAUGUCAUCCACUGUGCAACUAGCUUUAUUGUUACCUGAACGAAGUAAUUCUCCACCUUACUUUGAUAACGAUCAUUACGUAGCUAGGAUAGACGAAAAUGCACAAUCCGGUACAACAUUAAUUUUUCCUGAUCCUUAUGUAUCAAGAGUAAGCGACGACGACUCUGGAAAAAAUGGUGUGUUUUCUCUUACAUUGCUGAAUAAUAAUGGAACCUUUGAAAUAUCACCAAAUGUGGCUGAAAGACGAACCAAUUUUGUCAUUCGUGUACGUGAUAACCAAAAAUUAGACUUUGAAAUGCACCACAUGUUGAUAUUCCAGAUUUUUGCACAAGAAUUGGGUCCAUCAACGAACUUAAGUGCGACUGCGAAUGUAACUGUGUACAUCAAUGAUGUGAAUGACAACUCGCCGAUGUUUGAACAAAAUGAGUACAAGCUCCAAUUACCCGAAAACGUGACGGCUGGCACUCGUGUGAUCCAAGUACAUGCUGAAGAUGUCGAUACAUUAAAAGGCGGGCGCAUCCGAUAUACUCAAAUUUUGGGAUAUUUAAAUUCAUCACUAAAUCUUGAUCCUGUGUCUGGUGUUAUAACGAUAGCAACUAAUAAUCAUGGGUUUGAUCGAGAACUAAUGCCUGAAUAUCAUUUUUAUGUUGUAGCACAAGAUAAUGAUGGUAUUGGUAAUCGUGUUGAGGUUCCGCUUAUAAUUCAAGUACUUGAUAUAAAUGACGAAACACCGACUUUCGAAAAAACACUAUAUGAGUUUAUUCUAACACCUGACAUGCAAGAUUUUACCAUACCAGCAUUCAUAAAAGCCACAGAUAAAGAUGCUGAGCCCCCAAAUAAUGUUGUUCGAUACGAGAUCAUUCAUGGAAAUUAUGAGAAUAAAGUUGUAUUAAAUGAAUUUACUGGUCGUUUAACCUUACGUGAACCACUUGGGGAUAUAAACCUUAAUAGAAGGAAACGUCGUCAGUCAAUUAAACCCAAACAAAAUGAAAAUGAUAUAUUUGUUCUAACAGCUAGAGCUUUUGACUUAGGUGUACCGGUAAGGUGGUCCACAUGCACUUUGAGAAUAUAUCCUCCAGAAAGUAAACAGCGUACAGUAACUUUUGUUGUUCCUGGAAAAAAUCCUGACAAACAGCGAACUGAAGAUACAUUAGUUACAAUAACAGGUGGAAGAGUAGUUAUACAGGACAUGAGACCAUACACUGGACAAAAUAUACCACCCUCACAAAAUCUAGGUGGUGACAGUAAAGAUAAAACUUUAGUCAUUGCUACAGUAUUGUAUGAUUCUAAUUCAGUUGUUGAUUUACAAGAAAUACAAAAUAAAAUCUCCAAAAAUGGCACAUAUCAAGGCAUCAUUAUAAGAGAUGACUCCGCGGCGAAUAUAUACCGUGCUGAAAAUAAGGUUCUAUUUUGGCUUUUAAUGUUGUUUUCUUUAUUACUGGCAUUAGGAGUUCUUGUGUUACUAUUAUGCUGUGUUUGUUCAUGGUGUCCUUUAUAUGCAGCUUCACGGUGGCAGAGUGGAUGGGAGGAAAACAUGCCUGGCAGACAAGCCGUUCAGCCGAUUCCCGUUCAAAAUCUACACAUUGGAAAUUUGCAAGAAGAGGAGACAAUGACAAAAAAUUGAGAGGAUACGGAAAUCCGGUAUCGCUAGACGAUGAAGAACCGGAAAGACCAGUUUUUACUGAGAAAAAUCGUAAUGAAAAAAGGGUACAACUUCAGGAGAAUGCAACAAAAGUGCAAUUGUAUCCAACAAAAA